AUGGAUCCAAUAUUUGAGCCCAUUUUCGACUUCAGUGAGAAUAUGGCCGGCCAUCCUUUUGGCUUUUCGAAACCUCAGACCUAUUUUGACGAAAUGCUACGUCAAGAGUCUGAGUUUGAUACUUUUAGAAUCCUUCGUAGCAUCUUUGGGGACAAGUUUCCCUUUUCCACCGACCUGUUUCCGGAUAACCUACCAAGACCAUAUUGGAGGACCCCAAGAUACAUUACUCCGGUAUAUCCGAAAAAGGACUUUACUCCUUUUCCUAGUGACUUGUUUUCGGACAGCUUUCUUAGGCCAUUUUGGAUGGCACCAGGCUAUACUACUCCAGUAAGCGUCAUUAGUUGUCGUUUUUCGCCAAAACGCAUAUUUCGCUCAAACCAUAUCCUUUUAAAGGUGCAUCCAAGGAGAGAUUAUAUUCUUGAUCAAGAACCCGGACCAUCCCUCUCUGACUCAUUCCGUUCGUCUUCAACAUAUUUUUCCGACUCAAAUGGCCAACACUACGAAUCAAUCAAAUCUUCCAUUAAACGUCAAGACGGGGUGAUAAUUAACAAGGAGAUAGUGCGAAAGAAUGGCCGAGAGGUGACCACCACAACUACGCUCUACCCCGAUGGUCGCCAAGAGUCUAAGACCGAAACAAACGAAAACACAGUGCUAGCUGAUACCCCUUCCGGCUUCUUGCCUCCCGCCGAAAACAUCUUCAGAGAAGACGAUACCUUCCCAAAUCUCCGUCGCUGGUUUGGGUUCUGA